AUGGCUUCGACUCAAUUAUCUAAGCAGAGCUCCAUCAUUGUUAUUGGUGCAGUCUUCGAUAAACAGCCCUAUGAUAAGAAUGCCUACUCUACCGCAGAUGGUGCCGAUGCGGCUAGUGCUGACUGGAACAAGGUCAUGCGUAUGAGCUAUGGUGACGAACUCGAUUAUCAGCGCCUCGCUUGGGAUGCCAUCCAGGUCUGGAACGUGUGGAACAAGCAGAUAUCAUCAUCAGUACUACAAGAUCCGCCUCGUCCUCUUAGGCCAUCGGACAAGGUAUGGGACAACUGCGGCUUUCUUCGUAUGAGCACCGAUGGUGCGUUGAGCCCAUUCGAAGAAUCAACUUUGCGAAAGAUCACGAAGGAAGGCUUGCGAUCCACUCAGUUCGUGAUCGGAAACCAGGAUGAUGAAAAGAGAGCGACGUUCUACUUCCAGAAGAAGGGAGAAUGGGAGAGGAAGCGGGAUCCGUUCAACCGCCAGAAGCAGGGCAAAAGCCUCACAGGUGUCUUUGACACAACCGCCGGCUACGUCGACGCUAGCAAGGCUUGUAUCUGGGUGAUGCAUCUCUGCCGUCUGUGUGGCGUGCGUUUUGUGCUGGACGAGAGGGAAGGCCAGGUUUCUGCUUUCCUCAAAUCUCCUGCCGGGGAAAAGACUGUCGGAAUAAGAACAAAGGAUGGUAAAGAGCAUCGAUCAGAAUUUCUGAUUCUGGCCGCCGGGCCUUGGACACCAUAUCUCUUUCCGGCAAUAUCCCCAAUGCUGGAGACAACCGUUGGGAGUGUAGCAUACUUCCAACUGCCUCCCAAAGACAAGGCCCCUCAUCUCUGGGACCGCUUCUCGCCUGGGAACUUUCCCGUCUUCGCUUACGGAGGCUGGACGAAGGGGCUUGGUAUUGGCGGGUUUCCUCGAACCGCAGACGGUAUCGUCAAGAUCGGCUACCGAGGAGUCAAAUACACCAACUACGAGGAUGUCGAGGAGAAGACGACUGGGACAAAACACCGCAUCAGCGUUCCCAAGACCAAAUAUUGGCCCGAGCCCUCCGAGCCGACUAUAACAAAGCAAGCCGUGGAGGCCAUCAAGAGCGUUGUGCGAGAUGCACUACCCGAGUUGGCGGAGCUUGGCAUUGCGGGUUGCAGGAAUUGCUGGUACACCGACAGUCUCGAUACCAACUUUGUCAUUGACCGUGUACCCGGCGAUGAAGGCAUGAUGGUGUGCUCUGGAGGUUCCGGUCAUGGUUUCAAAUUCUUGCCUGUCCUCGGCAGAGAGGUCGUAAAUAUAAUUGAGAAGCCGAGAGAGAAGAGCACGAUCGCCAAGCUAUGGCAGUGGAGGACGAAAACAAGCGGUCCAAAAAAACGGCCUUGA